AUGCCUUCUGCACUGCGGCAAAUAUCCCUCCACCAACUGAAUGCUUCUCUUGAGGCAGCCAUGAAUGUGUCUGAAGGCACAGUCACAAGCCAGCUCAGGGCCACUAGCCGGACUUAUUUUUAUUUCACCACAGCUACCCUGGCUCUGUGUCUCAUCUUUACUCUGGCGACUAUAAUGGUCUUAGUAGUUCAGAAGAAGGAACCCGUCCCGCAGCCACCUGACAAUUCCCCCCUUAUAGGAGGAAAUUGCUCAUCGGACAUCUUAAGUAUCCUGAGGAAGCCUCUAGGGAGUGAGUCAUCAGCAUAUCUACAAGUUUCAAAGUCAGUACGCAGUUCCAAACUGACCUGGAACAAAGAUGGCAUCCUCAAUGGCAUUGGAUAUCAUGAUGGAAAUCUGAUCAUCCAGUCUCCAGGCUGGUACAUCAUCUAUUGCCAAUUGCAAUUUGUUGUGCCAGAUUGCCCAGACAAUCCUGUUGACCUGAAGUUGGAACUUCUCAUCGAUAACCAAACAAAGAAGCACACUUUGGUUACUGUAUGUGAAUCAAAAACAGAAACAAAGAACGUCUACAGGAACCUCUCCCAGUUCUUUCUGGAGAAUCUAAAUGUCAACAACACCGUGUCCAUCAAGGUCAAGGAAUUCCAAUAUGUGGAUACAAAUACCUUUCCUCUUGACAGCGUGUUGGCAGCCUUCAAGUACAGCAAUUCUAACUGACCAACCUCAUUUGGGCCUUGGAGACAAACCAUCCAAUACCACACACCAUUUAUAGCUUUUCGUUGACUAAAGGGGAAAAAAGAAGCCUUUUCACUGGAGAUCUGUAUCAUUAGAUUAAAACCCCAAAGAGUGUGAAACAUAUGCCUCCCCCACUUUCAUUCAUCACUCCUUCUGUGAUGAUAAGAGUGGCUCUUGGUGGAACUGUCUUUCAGAAGGGAGACAAAAGGAAUUUCAAUCACACAGAGACAUACUCCCCAAGCAUCCACACCUAAAAUUCCAAAUCAGUGAAAGAUUGAUGAAGCAAAAAAGACUGGGCUACCUCUACCUACAGUAUGAUUUUAUGAUAAUGCCCAGAAUAUUACAGUAAAUGGCUGGACUGGGCAGGGAAUCACAAGGUCUGAAACACAAUAGGGAGAAUUCCCUACAACAGGCCACUCCAAUGCUCAGAUAGGAGUAUGGGGGAAAUCUAUUUAAAAACAAGAGAUUAUUCAAAGCAAGACUAAUUAGAUGGGAUGCUUAGCAAACUAUUAACUAAGGCUUAUAUUUAUUCCAAUUAAGAGCAACCCAUAUCAAGCACAUGCAAGCAUUGGCCUCCUGCUGCCUCAAAACAUGCAGUGCCAUGUGUUCGAUGAACGUUAGCUGGUAACAACGACUAUAUUGCGUGGCAGUCAUAGAGGCAGCAAAUGGCUGCUGCUACAGAUGCCUGGAGUCCUUCUCUUUUGAAUGGAAGAGAAAUAGCUGUAUAUGGCUUGAACCCUCACUUCCCUUAGUCUUUAUGCUGAUCCCAAUUCCUGCAAGUGCUUCCCCAGAAAAUAAUUAGAUGCAGGGCUAGGUAACAAUGUUGGAAAGGGCAGGGGGGAACCUUAAUUCUUGGCAGGACUAAUAGGCCAUCAUUAUGAUCUUGAAGAUAAUAGAAGAAAAUCCUAAAGACUACAAUAAACUUCACUGGUUGGGUUGGAAUAAGAAAGGUUGUGAUAAACAAAUGCCUCAGUACAACAACUGUAUUUGUAGCCACCCAGACAUCUGGGCAAAAGCAUGUGAUUGGAGAGAUAACCCAAGGGGAAGUGGCUUCAUGCAGUAGGUGUAUUCC